GUUUUCUUUCCACCCCCUUACCUUUUACUUAUAAAUUAAAAUUCGAAUUUUAAAUAAAACAUAAAAAUUUCUUGUUAUUAAGUGAUCGCCUGAAGGGUAAAAGAGAUAGAUAUAUUUUUCAGCGUGCAGUUAUAAGAAAAAGCGCGGGUUUUCGCAGCAUUCAACACGUGAAAAGUUUGUAUUUUGAUGCUUAACACGCUGAUUGUGCACGUAGUGAAACUUUGUGGUUAGUGAAGUGAGAAUGUGUUAGUGUUUUUAGUGAUAUCUGAUUUGAUUGGUCUUCAAAAUUUCGGCAAGCUGGCGCACAUAAAUUUCUCGCAGUACAUGGGAGAUAUGGAGGUCCAGGACUACAAGACGAUGCCCGGAGGAACAGACAGGUACCAUCAUCCUCAUCAGCCUGUGUUCGUCCAGUUCUGGUGCAUGCCACAGGCGAUACCUCUAGAUAUUAAUAAUGGGAUGAAUAUGAACAACAUCAACAACAGCAUAAACAACAACAUCAACAACACGAUCAACAACAACAACACGACGAGUAUAAACAACAACAACAAUGAGGAGAAGCCUGAUAUGCCCGACCCCGACUUUAUUAAGAUGUUCGUGGGCCAGGUGCCUCGUAGCAUGGACGAGAACGACCUGCGGCUGAUGUUCGAGGAGUUCGGUCGCGUGCACCAGAUCAACGUGCUGCGGGACAAGAUCACCGGCGCCAGCAAAGGGUGCUGUUUUGUGACGUUUUUCACGCGCAAAGCGGCGUUGAAAGCGCAAGAUGCUUUGCACAAUAUCAAAACAUUGAGUGGGAUGCACCAUCCAAUUCAGAUGAAGCCGGCUGACAGCGAAAAUAGAAAUGAACGCAAGCUCUUCGUCGGCAUGUUGAACAAGAAGUUGUCUGAGAACGACGUGCGCGCGCUAUUUGCCGGGCACGGAGCUAUAGAGGAGUGUACGGUGCUGCGGGAUGCGCAAGGGCAAAGCAAGGGCUGCGCGUUUGUCACGUUCGUCUCCAAACAAGCUGCCAUCGCUGCCAUCAAGGCGCUACACCACAGCCAAACAAUGGAAGGUUGCUCGGCGCCUUUAGUAGUCAAAUUCGCUGAUACCCAGAAGGAGAAGGAACAAAAGAAGCUGCAAGCGAUGCAAGCGAGCUUAUGGGGGUUGACGGCUCCUGUGGCUCCGGCGGCGUACCUCGCUUCCGAAGCGGCGCUGUCGCCAGCAACGCAACUGCAAUUGCUCCAGCAACUGCAGGCGGUUGGGUUGCAGCAACAAUUGCUGCAAGGGCAAGGGUCCACGUUGCUGCAAGGUAACGAGACUUGUGUUAACUAUCAGGAUAUCGCUUUCAAUGGCGCAGGCCUCAGUGGGAGCGGGGUCGGCGGGAUGGGAGGAGGUGCGGCCGAGCAGCUGGGCGGUCUACUGGCCCCAGUGUCAGUCCAGAAUCUGGCAGCUCUGGCGGCCAUGACGCAACCGCCAGUGGUCACUCAGGCCGCGCCAAUCGCGCCCGCGUCUGCCCCGCAACCUGCCGCGCCGCCUUUGUGUCUUCUCGGGAAGACUAACAUCACAGGGUCCACAGCCGAGCCGCUGAGUUCAGCGUAUGCGGCGCAGUUCGGCACCGCGUUUGCGGCGGCGCCACUCGGGUCGGUGCUCGGAUCCGCCGCCGCCGCCGCUGCUGGCAAGCAGGUCGAAGGUCCGGAAGGCGGCAACCUGUUCAUAUACCACCUGCCGCAGGAGUUCACGGACACGGACCUGGCGUCGACGUUCCUGCCAUUCGGGCACGUGAUAUCGGCCAAAGUGUUCAUAGACAAACAAACGAACCUAUCAAAGUGCUUCGGUUUCGUCUCAUACGACAACGCCGCCUCCGCGCAAGCCGCCAUCCAGGCCAUGAACGGCUUCCAAAUAGGUACAAAGAGACUCAAAGUUCAAUUGAAACGUUCAAAAGAACUAUCGAGACCGUACUAGAAAAUUCCAGAACUCGUUCCUAGUGAAUUUACAAAAAAAGAAAAAACUAUGCAGAGGUUGUAAGUUUCAGAACGUUUGUUGUGAUGUAUCCGGUGCACAUGAACUGAAUAGUCCGUAAGGUUCGUUCGAAAACGCGAGUCCGCGUGCACAGUUGUUAACUAAUAAGUAUAAGGUUAAGGUUUGUGUCAAAGGAUUUAUCGUUUCCAAAGUAUUCCCCAAAUCGUUUAUUAUAUUUUUUUCUUUUAACGUAUAAGUUUUAGUCACUUAUAAGCAUAAGUUGAAUGCUUUUAGAAACCGAUACAUAUUGCAGCGCCAAAGAGCUGAUAAUGAAAAAGUGUAUUUACCAAUGUUCAGUUGUUUGCUAAGAUCAAAUUGUCAACAAGAAGGAUAUGUGUCGUCGUAUCAUCCAAAGUUUACCUUCAGGUACGUUUAAGUAUUGCUUAUAGAUUUAAUUUUAUUUACCGUUGCGUUCCCAGGAACAAUUUAUUAAUAUAUUACGUUACGUUCUUUUGUGUUACCAAUGUGUAAAAUAAUUAUCAAUGUGGCCAUCGUCAGUUACGCAGUCCUUAGUCUUUUUUGUUAAAAAUUAUAAGGUGUUAGAUUAACAAAAUAUGAUCUCAACGUGAUCAGUGUAUUUAUUGUUUACCUUUUUGUCAAUAGUGUACUUAAACUUUUUAAAGAUUUAUAUGUUGGGCUCCUUUGAUUUUAGCCCGUGAUGUAAAACCUACAGAUAUUUUUCUAACAUGCUAGUGAUAAGUACUGGUAUGUUAAAUGACGCGUAUAGCUCAUUAAAAUAGGUGAUGUUUUAUACAAUCAUGCUAUUUUAAGUAAAAUCUUAUAGGUUGCCCACGGUAAAACACCAAUAGUAAAAUACCAGAUAUAAAAGCUUCGUUAUAUCUGUGAACUUGUUUUUUUUUUACUAAAUCCGAUUCUUAUACGGUCCAUUUUAUUUCACAACACUUUAUUUGAAAUUUAUUUUUCUGUGGCAACACUAUUGUGGCAUUUGAACAUGACCAACUACGCGCCAAUAUCGAAAUAUCUGUAAGAGUUUUUAAUAACUUAAUGUUUAAUAAUCAACUGUGCUUAUUUCCUACGUUUAGAGUUUAAUUUAUUAUCGCAAUCUAUGUGCGUCUUUAUUAAAUGUAACACAUCGAACACUGGCCCUUUAGUCAAAAAAUUUUCGUUAGAUUUAAGUAUUUAAAUAUAGACAUACUUUUAUAAGUAAGUUUAGUAUUCGUUCAUUACUUAAAAUUACGUUAAUAAUUCGUUGAUCACUGUUCUUCAGUCACCGGCACUUUUUUCGACUUUAUUACUUAAUACUUAUUAGUUUAUAAUAAAAAGAUAAGUAUUAAAUAUCUAUGUUUAUAUGUUGAAUAUGACCACUUCUUUUCUUAAAUCGCUCAAUAAGUAAAGAAAUUUAAGCAUAUUUUAAGCACGUGUUUGCUUGGAUAAAUGUCCACUGACUCUAGAUGUUUUGUGGAUAAUUCCGCGCAAGUUGCAUGUUAAGAUCAGAUCAUAUUUUUGGUACAAAUAUAUUUGUGAUUCAAUCCUGAUCCAGCGUGGAGCUUGCGCGCGAUCUAACUAUUUAAGAUUACGUGUUUUUCUUUUUUCAUACAAUUUGUGCCAACACAGCAUAAACCUACAGCGUUCAAGCGCAUUCUUUCUUAAGUUGUAACCAGCUGCUUUUCAUUUCUUCAAAAAGAACUGAUGUAGACCAUCAUUUUAUUAUAAUAAUAAAACUUAAAUUUAGUUGAGUAUUAUUGUAUUUAUAAAAAGGAAAACAUUAUUGCGAUGGGUUUAAUUAUUUAGUUUAAUUUAGUCAUGUUUUUAUGUCUGAUGAAAGACAAUAUUUUAGACUGAAUAAGUUCCCCUAUAGGUGUUCGGGAGGGCCGAUACACACGUGCGAGUAUUUGAGACGACUGUUUGAAAACAGUGGAUAUAUAAAUGUAAACAUCUCUUUACAUUCAGGCCCUGAUUUCAAACUACUUUCAAACAUGGUCUGAAUUAUAGAUUUCCUACAAACAACUACUAAUUAUCUGCUUAUGCGAAUGUGUGUAGAAGCCCUCAUAGUGAUUCAGUAAUGUCUUGUGAUUCCUUUAGGAAGUUCUCUGUAGAACCUUCACCUGUUUUUGUCUUUUAUUUUUCUUGUUAUAAGAUAAUAAAUUAUGAAAAAGGGGAAUGUAUUGUUAAAAUUGACAUUCUGAAUGAUAGAUAAUAAAUAUUGACGCUGUAAUCCUAGACACGACCAUUCGAAAGGGGGUUAGAACGUGGGAUAAGAAGUCGUUUUUGUAUUGUACACGAGUGUACGCGGCGAAACGUGUGGCCACCUCAAAAAAAUCGACUGAUGUAGUCAGUUAAAAAACAUGAUUUAUUGCCCACACAUUUUGUCAGUAAAUUGAUCGUGGAACAUGAAAACAGACCGCCUUGAACCAUUCUAAGCCCCCUACCUGUUUAUAGGUGUGAUCUAUUUAGAUAAAAAUCGAAAAAAUAAGAGAAUUUUUUACCUACCACAUUUUAUAGGUAUCUAGGUACCUACCUGAAACGGGAACUCAAUGUUGUUGUAAAAAAAAAAUCGUCCAUUAGGUCGACGCUGGUUUUUGACAAUUAAGCGAUUUGUGUAGUCGCCGAAAUAUACGCUUGAUAUAAUAAAAACAUUUACCCCUUACAGGAUUGGUUGAGCGCAUACCUUUUGGGCUGUACUUUAUGAAAUCUUUCAACGCGUAGUCCAUUAUUUUUUCGAUUUAAAAAAGUAAAUGGUAUAAAAAUAUUGACUAUCAAAUUAUUUUCUAGAAAUCUAAGCAGUUUGAAUUGCCUGUCCUGGACCAAGGUAAUACAAACAGAUUUUGUUUAAGAAAAUGUCCUGACUUUGUUAACAUGUUACACAUAAGUGCACUUUUCGGGAGAAAUUCAACAUAAAGUAAAGAAAUUACUCUGAUUUUCGAGCUUAGUCACCUAAAAAGCUCUGAAACUUAUUCAUUUAUUUACACCUUUAUCGCAUCUUAUAAUAAUACCUGUCUUAUAAAAUCUCAAUAAAUGCACUUUGUGUAUCUGUUAAUUAGGAAAAGGAACUUUAUAAAGCUGACAUUUCUUUUGCACUAAAUGCGUUUCGACAAAAAAGACACUAUAAAAAUGAACAUUUUUUGUGUUUUGUAAAAGAAAAUUUCAGUUUUAUAAUUGGGAUGAAGUCACGGCAUCAUACCAGCAUAUCCUACAUACAGCAAAUUUAUUUUUACACUAUUUCGAAGCACCUUAUUCAUAGUAGAUAUACAAUUGGUAUGGAAAUAAUAUAAAAGAACUGUUUUAUACAACACCCGUUUUGUUGAUAUGAAUGUAAAUAAAUGUCAAGUUAAAAUG